AUGUCAGGUGUAUUUCGCAGAAGGGAUCCAAAUGCAAGUUCACAAGUGGAUAGCCAUUUGAUACUGGACGAUGGUCCGAUUGAACCCAGCGAUUACCAGAUAAGAGAGCAUGUGUGGCGUGAACCUGCUGGAAUGGACAGCAAUUACGACGGAUAUCGAAGAGGUUCGGCAUAUUCGAUGUGCCCUGUACAUGGAUCAACACACUCAAUUUGGCGUCCAGUUAGACAGGAGUCACGAGAAAGUCGAGCGAUCUUCGAGGGUGGAUAUCGAUCGGAUUGUCCCGUCCACGGACUACCGCCACCACUAGCAACAAGCGAAUGCGUAAUACACUCGGAAAGUUUUCACACAGCCAUAUUGAAUACUGAGCACGACGUGAUUGUCGUACCACCAGAACCACCUGGAGAACCAGUACAAACGCCUAAAUCACCUUAUGAAGAACCAGCAGUAUUCCAGCAACGCGUUCAAGUGCACCAAGGCGAUCCCGUUCCAGAAGAAGUCAACGUAGUCGCAGUCGUUCGCGUAGUAGGAGGCGAUCUUCACGUGGCUCACAGUACUCAGCUCGUACAUACAGCAGACGCUCUUCAUCGUGUUCGACUCAAUUAUGGUAAGGAAGUGAUCACAGAAUCGGAAGAAAACUGA